AUGACUGGUAAAAUAGCAUCUCUCACUACAGCUUAUAAGGAGUCAAGAAGGUUUUGUAGCUUUGCAAGUGACACCCUAGCGCUUCUUACACCGUUUGAGGCGAUUUUAUCUCAACACGAAGAUUGUAUCUUUGCAUUUCCAUUUCCUAAAGACGAUCCUAAUGAGUCCAUUUUGUUAAGUGAUUCCUUUGCUCAAGAUGAAGGUCUGGAAGUAGCAAGAGACUAUUUUUCGAAGAAUUCUACGGGUAGGAGUGUUCUAUGCCUUCUAGAUGCCAAAGAAGAAAACCUUUACAACGCUCCAAAAUAUCAAAAUAAAUGCUUGACACUUGCUGGUGGACUCUCAACUUUCAGUCUAAAUACGAAGUUCGAUGUAAUAGCGGUUGCAUUCUGCAAUGGAAUCCUGGGAUUUUUUAGCAUUCACUCAGAUGAGGAUUGGUUAUGCCUCAAGUUGGUUCGAAACGUUAAGACGAAUACAAAAAACAUUGUAUCGAUAUCAUUCGAUGGAACCGAUAGAUAUGCAGCUUGCGGAGCUGUAGAUGGUACAGUUGUCGUGUAUUUGGACGGCAUGUUAUUCCACACUUUCAAGAAUCAAGAUAGUAUUAUAUCCCUAGUGAGAUUUUAUCCUAAUUCUUUGUCACUUUUAUCCGCCACUCAAAAUGGUGAUAUUAUGUUGUAUGAUGUGAAAUCCAAGAUUCCAAUCGCAAAAUUUGAAGAUCAUCUAAGUUACAUAACUGACAUCGCAUUCUUAGUUACUUCAGAUGGUUCUCCAGGUGGAUUCGUCUCUUGUGGUAGAGAUUCCACCAUUAAUCUGUGGUCUUUGGAUAUUACCAAAAAGGAAAUUUCUAGUGCAACAAAAAAGAAUAACGUACUUUUGAGAAAGCCAUUUAAACGCAUCUUAUUGUUUGAGCCGAUUUGUUCCAUCGCAAUUGUUACAAAUUUAAGCAAAGAUAUUAAGGGUGAUGCUUCUUGGAUACUCUUGGUUGGAACAGAAAAUGGACACAUUAAAUUCAUUGAUCCACUCAAGGAAACUACAAUUAAGGAACGAGAAUGUGUUUAUGGUCAAGGAGGAGGUUUAAAGUGUUUAAAAUAUUCCAAGGAGAUGGAAAAAAUCAUCGCAUUGGGAGCUAGUGGUUCCAUUUGUUUCUACUCACUCCUUUUUGAACUGGAAUUUCAACUUUUGGGGAACAUUGAUGGUCUAUUUCAUUUUCAAUUAUAUAAAGGGGAGGCUACAACACCUUGGACCGAUUCUGGUUCAAAUGAGUGGUCAAAUUCCGUAAGAUGGUUCAGAAAACAAAUUGCAAAAGGGGUUCCUCUAAUGUUUACACUCACAGGAGAUGAAGUGGUGCGUGUAGUUUCAUUGGACCCCUUGUGCGAACACAUAACACUAGGUGUUGGAAAUGAAAAAUACAGACAUGCAGAUACAGUAUUAUCAUUGGCUUAUUCCCAAGGAGCCAACAUCCUUGCUACUGGAUCCAAAGAUGAAUCUGUACUUGUUUGGGAUUUGAACACUUUGUUACCAAUUUUAACAGUGAACGUUGAUGGAUUAUCGGUUGCAUAUUUGGCUAUACCUAAUAUGUUAACUCAAGAUUCCACACGAUUUAAUCUUAUGGUUUCUGGAGAAAAUGUUUUGAAGUCAUUUGACUUACCGAUUCAUAGAGAAUCUGAUACAGAAAAUGUAGUAAAUACCGCAGCUGCCACGGCAUUGGUUCAUAAAAAGGUUAUAAACUCUAUUGCAUUUUCUCCAAAUAAUAAAUAUGUUGCCACUGCAGGGGGAGACAAAAUAGUUGCGGUAUAUACUACUGAUAAUUUGAUUGUAAGGGGGAAAUGUAUUGGCCAUAAAAGGUCUGUUGUGUCGGUAUCUUUUAUGACAGUUACCAAAACACUAGUUAGUUCGUCCGUGGACCAAACCAUUAAAAUUUGGAAUAUUGGUGACUUUUCAUGCAUAAAAACUUUCCAAGGACACAGUAAGGCGGUAAUGAAAGUAAUCGUUUUGCCACAUGAUUUACAAUUAGUUUCUGCUGGAAUGGAUGGUUUAAUUAAGCUCUGGAAUAUUAAAACUUCGGAUUGCAUAUCUACGCUUGACAAUCAUUCUGAAAAGAUUUGGGAUAUGGAGCUAUGUGGAAAUAGCCUGGUUUCAAUUUCCAGCAACUCUUUGUUGAUAUGGUGGGAUGAUGUGACUGAAGAACUAGAAUCUGAAAGAUUAGAACGGGAAAGAGAAGAAGAGCUAAAAAAAUCGCAAAUCGAGUCAUUGGCCACAGAUGGAAAGCAUCCUGAGGCAUUGAGCUUAGCUGUAGAGUUGAAAAAACCUCUGGUAGCUAGGGAUUUAAUUUUAAGGUGUUGUUCAGCAGGAAUAUUUACAAAUGAGGAGCAAGGCUUGCACAAGGACUUAUUCCACAAAUGGGUUGCCCAUAUGAAAGGUUUUAAGGACAUAAAAUCAAGAUUAACAACCUCCUUUGAUUUUAUACAGGUAUGGAUUUCCAAUAACAAAACAGCAUGGAUGGCAAAUUGUCUCUUGUCCGAAAUUUUGAGCCAGUUCACUCCAGAAGAAAUAUUCAUGGUGGAAGGCUUCAAAAAUCGCAUAGAAACUAUAUUAAUACACCAAUCCUCGCAUCAUGGACGAAUGAUGAGCUUGAUAGAAAAAUCGCAUAUAUUGGAUAUCCUUGUAGGUUACAAUUCAAUACCUCUCUUUUCAUCUUCUGAUGCCUCAAAUACAACUAGAAACAUAUUAUAUAAAUAA